CUCCUCAGCUUUCCAAGUGGGGAGUGGAUAUGUACGUUCUGCAGAGAUCUAAGCAAACCAGAGGUAGAAUAUGACUGUGACAAUUCGCAACACAGUAAGAAGGGGAAAACAGCACAAGGCCUCAGUCCUGUGGACCAAAGGAAAUGUGAACGUCUCCUGCUUUACCUGUAUUGUCAUGAGCCGAGCAUUGAAUUUCAAGAGCCAGUCCCAGCCUCGAUACCAAACUACUAUAAAAUUAUAAAGAAACCAAUGGAUUUAUCUACAGUGAAAAAGAAACUGCAAAAGAAACAUUCUCAACAUUACCAAACUCCUGAGGAUUUUGUGGCAGAUGUCCGGUUGAUCUUCAAGAACUGUGAAAGGUUUAAUGAAGCUGAUUCAGAAGUAGCACAGGCAGGGAAGGCAGUUGCGUUAUACUUUGAAGAUAAACUUACAGAGAUCUACCCAGACAGGACCUUCCAGCCUUUGCCUGAAUUUGAGCAGGAAGAGGAUGAUGGUGAAAUAACUGAGGACUCCGAUGAAGAUUUUAUACAGCCACGUAGAAAACGUCUAAUAUCAGAUGAGAGACCAGUGCAUAUAAAGUAAUCUAAUGAUAUGGACCUAAAUUUAUUGUAAAAACUGUUAUUUAAAUAUUCCUGGAAUAUUAUCAUGCCUACA